UCAGAGACUUCUUCAAGUUGCGAGGUUUAUACACAGCAGUCUUUAAAAGGUAAAGAAAACUUUGAAAACGAGACCAAAGCAGACAACCCCUUAGCCAAAGCAUAUGGUCCGUGCUACCGGUUACAAUUUCAACUCAUCAGGAAGCGUUUGCAGUCUUUAGUUGAGAAAAGAGCUUGUUUGCUGGACUUUCUAACUACCAAGAUCUUCGUUAGAGAAGGCAAAAUGUCUUCACGGUUGAUCUUGCUAGCUCUCUGGAGUUUUUGUAUGGUGACCUGUUGCCUUGCACAGAACAGCACAGUCGAAACAGAAGAAGAAGCCAUGGCGUAUCUCAAUAAGUAUGGAUAUCUGGACAUGACAGGUGGCAUGCCGAAUACUGAAGAGAGGAGGAGAGCCCUCGAGUAUUUCCAAAGAUUUGCAAAUAUAACAAUGACAGGAGUCCUAGACGAUGAGACACUGGUGAUGAUGAACACACCUCGUUGUGGAAUGGUGGACAUGAACUCCCCUGCCGACAUGAUGAGGAAGAAACGAUAUGCCUUAGGCAGCAGGUGGUCCAAGACAGAACUCACGUAUAAGAUCAUCAACCGGACCCCAGACCUGCCUGCUGACGAGGUUGACCGUAUCAUUACCGAGUCUAUCGAGAAAUGGGCUGAUGUAUCUCGUCUUACAUUCACGCUGGUAACGUCAGGAGACGCAGAUAUCUUGAUCAGCUUUGCUGCAGGCAGCCACGGGGACGACGGUCCAUUCGACGGACCAGGUGGUGUUCUUGCGCAUGCGUAUUACCCCUCCUCCAAUGCAAUUGGCGGCGAUGCACACUUCGACGAAGAUGAAGAUUACACGGACGCUAGUUCUAGAGGAAUCAAUAUGGAAUGGGUCGCCGUGCACGAGUUCGGGCACAGUCUUGGACUGGGCCAUUCCCAGAUUGAGGGCGCUGUGAUGUAUCCGUAUUACACAGGCUACGUACCCAACUUCCAGCUAAAUAGUGAUGACAUCGCCGGUAUUCAAGCCCACUAUGGCGAGAAUGUUGGAGAACCCGAAGACACGCCCCCUACGCCAGUGGACAAGUGUAUGACUUCAAUUACCAUGGCAACAAGAACGCUGGAUGGCUCCACCUAUUUGGGCAAUGCAACGCACUUGUACCGUCGUUUAACGGAUGGUUCGAUUCCCGACGGUUAUCCGAAGGUGAUUGGUGUUGAGUUUCCCGGUCUUCCAACUGCUCUGGAUGCGGCUCUUUUUUACCCUCCUAACGGUAAAACGUAUUUCUUCAAGGGAAGUCAAUACUGGAGGUUCCGUAACCAGAGAAUGGAUAGGGGUUUUCCGAGACCCUUGUCCGACUGGCGCGGACUGCCGAAUGACAUUUCUUCGGCUUUCAUUUGGAGCCGUAAUGGCCAGAUAUAUUUCACAAAAGGAGACGAGUAUUACCGCUACUACCCUGGUUAUGGAGUCCUCUCGUACUACCCUCAACCGCUCAGCCAGUGGGACGGGCUCCCAAGCGACGGAGUAGAUGCGGCGUUCCAGUGGACCAACGCCCGCACUUACUUCUUCAAAGGCUCUGAGUAUUACCGCUUUAACGACAGAGCCGUUACUGUUGAUCAGGGCUAUCCCAUCAACACGGCUACCGCGUGGCUGGGAUGCGAUUCCGACCAGCUGGUCGUUGGCCCGACAUCGUCGCCGACAACAUCGCCCGCUGCCGGAGACGCGGUCGUACUGGCACCGUCUAUGGUUGCCGUUCUCUUCUCGACGAUUGCUGCCGUCUUCUAUUCAUUUCAAUAGAACGACAUUAUCGCGUUUUUAUAUCACGACAUUAUAGAUAUUAUUUCCAUUUCAUUCAAAAUCAUGUACCAAUAAUAUUCGACCAAUAUCUCUUUAAAUGUUAUCAUUGAAGAUUCCAUCACGAUUUUAUCAGUUAUUCUCACUUGUUAUAAAUGUACAUGUAAAAGUAAGAAUCAUAUUUUAUAGGAGUAUGAAUUGUUGUUGAUGUAAUUUGUAUUGUUGAAGGAUUUUUCAGAUCGAAUCUAUUUGUAGACUUACUAGAUAACGGAUAUUUGACGAUAAAACUUGAGAGAAAUAGCGCGAUUUUUUUUCUUCAAUAGACUAUAAGUACCUUAAACAUCGAUAUCGACGACCAUUCAGUAAUAAUCAAACGUAGAAUUGACGAUCGAGGCAGUGAAAUAACUUUUAACGGCCUAGCUAUGAUAAAGCUUACUUUAUGUUUCCAGUUUCCAGACUUUACAGAGACAAAAUCUAAGCAUGUUUUAGUGCAGGUGUUGUGGUGUAAUGGUUGAUUCACCCGACUCUCAGUCCAAGGGUUGAGAGUUCGAAUCCCGUCAAAUAUCAGUUAUCUAGUAAGUCUACAAAUAGAUUCGAUUUGAUAAAUCCUUCAACAAAUAAAAAUGACAUCCAUAAGAAUUCAUACUUCUAAAAAUAUUGUACCAAGGUAAUUUUGGCAAAACAUAAAUCCAUAUUUGGCACACUCCACCAUGCACGGUGUAAAUGAGUACCUGCAAAACUUCGGUAGUGAUAAUUGAAGGGCUUGCAAGAAGAGCAGUGUAAAAAACUGAUGUGGCUGCCAUGGGUAAAUAUAUAAGAGACGAUUAAUAUUUUUAAUAUCUUUCUUGUUUUUUCAUCACAAUAAAUGCAUAUAAAUAUUAGAAUACAAGUGUGGAUGAUGAGGCGGAUAUAGCUCUAGGCUUGAAAAUUAUGUCAUUUAUUAUAAAAAAAAAUCUAUAUUUAAUAUCGGCUUUUGACUUGUAAAGUUAUUUUAAAAUCUUUAUGCCAUUAUAACGUAUUUUUAUUCAUAGGGCCUACCUUAUCCAGCUUUAUACUGUUAAAGGUACUAUGUCCAAUUCGCAGGCCAAACAAAAGGUUAAAUUCCAACGGCAUUUGAAAGAUAAUACUAAUUUAGAACUCUAGAAAUUUAGAAAGGCUUGAAAAUGUCUGUAAGUGGGGGAAAUAACGACCAUUAGUUUUCGAAUCUACUUAAGUGAUUGCAAUCCAGUAAGUAUCGGUCUGAUUUUUAGACCCUUGUACUGAAUGGCCGUAUGUUUUGUGCUGCGUAAAGAUUCAAUCAGUUUACUUUUGGCUAUUACAAGAAGUGGGUUAUUGAUGUAGACAAAUAGGCCUAAUGCUCAAGUACCACAUUACAUCUCAUUUCAUGUAUGUUAUUACCAAAGAAAAAGAGAUGCCAGUCAGUCACUCAAUAGUGUCUGACAGUGAAGUCUAGGAAGUAAAGGGUCCCUUGCAUAAUUUGAAUAUUAGGACACUGCUAACGUUUAAAUUUCACAGAUAGGACAUCAUACAUGACAUAUUCAUAAGUCCUGCAAAGUUCUACAUAAUUUGAUGUUGGCUGCAAAUGAGACAAUGGUGUCGAUUAUAUUAUCAGUAUCUAUGUUUCUAACUUUUUUUACGGAAGCUUUAUGUCAGUAACCAUGCACAAUAUAAUAUUUUAUAUAAAUAA